AUGUCACGCAAAAGUUCAAGAAAACAAGUGGCUCAAGUGGGGGAAGAAUCGAUUGAUAUCGAGGAGAUUAUUAAACAAGUAUUGCAAUCUGAAGAAAUGUUAAAUGGUAUAUCAAAAAUUGUUCGUGAAGCCAUCAAACCAUUGGAAAAAAGAUUAGUGUCCCUUGAAAAACAGGUCGGCGAACUUCAGGCUUCAUUAGAUGAUUUAGCUGCUUAUAAUCGGCUUACAAAUCUACGUAUCUAUGGUGUUAAAGAAGAACCUAAGGAAAAUACGGAUCAGAUUGUUAUCGGGAUAUGUGCAUCGAUCGGUGUUACUAUAUCUGACGAACACAUUAGUGUUAGUCAUCGUAUCGGCCGUAAUAUGAAUGGCAAAAGAAGUCGUGCUAUUAUCGUGCCUUAUAUUUCAUCAACAAAACCUAUAAUAAUUGCUGUAACAGAAACUUGGUUGAGUGCUUCACACCCAGACAAUGUUUUUGAUGUACCCGGCUAUGAAGCUCAUCGUAGAGAUAGAUUGACGAGGGGAGGUGGUGUCAUGUUAUACGCCAGAAAAGAUGUCAAAGUAAAACGCUUGUUCGACUUAGAAGAUAUUGAAUUUGAAACAUGCUAUUUUAACAUUAGUCUACCAUCAUUGCAGAGUUUUAUUUUGGGUGUUUGUUAUAGAUCACAUGAAUUUUCGCCCAUGCCUCAGUUUGUUGAUCAUAUGAGUGACUUUAAUGGGCAUUCUGCCCAAUGGUGUCCGACAAAACCGUCAACUUUGGACGGUAACUGUCUUUAUGAUUUUGCUCUAAAGGAGGGUCUUUCACAGCUGGUGACGAAAAAGUUGCCAAUAACACGUUGCUCAAUAAGUGGAUCACUAUUUCGUCUCGUGAUCAGCCGUGGUUCACUGACAAAUUGNCGGUAUAAACAGUACUCAAAAUCAAAAAAGUUAACAGAUCUCCAUGCAUAUGAAGUGAGUGCGAAGAUUGUAACAGAUUUGUUCAAUGAAUCACUGAUCAACAAAGUAUUCCCUGACUGCUGGAAACUAGGACAAGUUUUACCUCUGUUUAAGGCUGAUGAUCCCCAAAUAUGUUCUAACUACAGACCAAUUACAUUAUUACCGGCGUUCAAAGCCUUCGAUAGAGUAUCCCAUGCAGGUUUAUUGAUGAAAUUACGUAAUAAAGGUAUAUCUGAUUCUAUGGUGGACUGGUUUGAAAGUUAUUUAACUAACAGAAGUAUUGUUACGGUUGUUGACGGGGCAACCUCUGAUCCUCUUAAGGUGACUUGUGGGGUCCCUCAGGGAUCAGUGUUGGGACCACUCUUAUUUUUGUUAUAUAUAGAUGAUCUGCCACUUGCUCUGAGCUCAUCAUGCAAAAUGUUUGCAGAUGAUGUAUCACUGUAUACUAAGGUAAAUAAUAAUAUCGUACUAGCUGCUGUUAAACUGAACGAUGAUUUAAAGAAGGUGUGUGAAUGGUCCAAGAGAUGGUGCCUUCCUUUGAAUGUAAAGAAAUGUACUUGCAUGCUGUUCACGAGUGUUAUUAAGACUCCUUAUCCGCCUUUACUUAUUGAUAACUCUAUAUUACCGUAUGUUCAAAAACAUGUUCAUUUAGGAUUGACACUGACGCCUUCUCUACAAUGGAAGACACAUAUUCUUGAUAUCUCCAAGAAACUUUCACGCACAGUGGGCUCGAUGAAGUACUUGAGUCGAAGGAUUUCUCGUGAGACGCUAAACUCUAUCUAUCAUGCCUAUGUGCUUAGUGUCAUUAAUUAUGCUCUAGUUAUUUAUGGAGGAACGGUAGACAGUAACCUGAAUAUGCUAUCCCAAAUUCAGUAUCAGGCUGCGCUCGCAGUGUCAGGUUGCAUGCGUGGUACAUCGCAGCAGAAAAUUCUGCAAGACUUAGGUUGGUUGUCAGUAACGCAGUUGGUUUACGUGAGAAGAUUGUGCCUCUUCUACAAAAUUAUGCAUGGCAAAACGUCUCCAUAUCUACGUGAGCUCGUGCCAAAGUA